AUGGCAGGCGCACCUCCUCAGAUGGUGUCUAAGAGACUGAUCCUCUGCUGUGACGGCACUUGGAUGAACAGCGAUAAUGGGUACGAGGAGCCUGGUUGGUUUGAAUCCAAGGGCACGUUGCAAGUGCCCUCCAAUGUGACCCGCAUCUCGAGGUGCUUCAAGAGACGUUGCAGUGAUGGCAAGCUCCAAGUCAUCAGCUAUGAAUCCGGUGUUGGCACUGGCAGCAAUGGCGUGGAUAGCUUGAUGGGAGGAGCUUUCGGGCUCGGACUCUCGGAACGAGUGCGUGAAACGUACUCGUACCUCUGCUCUAACUACAUGGACGGCGAUGAGAUCGUCCUGAUCGGGUACUCUCGUGGUGCCUUCACCGCCCGCUCUGUUGCUGGUAUGGUCGGCAACAUAGGUCUACUCACCCGUGAAGGUGUCGAGUUCUUCUACUGCAUUUUCAAGGACAUGCAGAACUGGCAGAAUCCUGAUUAUAAGGACCCGUUCCCCGAUCAGCCCUUUUCCAAGAAGCCCAAGGGACCGCAUGCUGCAGCCGAGUAUCGUGCAAGGCUCGAGGAAAUGGGCUUCACGAGGGUUAAACAGGCCAAUGGCGACUUGAUCAAGAUCAAAGCCAUUGGCGUCUGGGACACGGUCGGUAGCCUCGGUAUCCCGGAUGUUUCUUGGCUCAGCAAACUGGACGGCAAUGCUAACCUUCCCAGCACAUAUAUGUGGCAUGACACCUCUCUCUCGGACCGCAUUGAGAAUGCCUUCCAGGCACUUGCCCUCGACGAGACUCGCCCUCCAUUCAGUCCGGCAGUCUGGGAAAGGCCCGGGAAAGAUCAACAGACAAACUUGAAACAAGUCUGGUUCCCAGGCAAUCAUGCCAACGUUGGUGGUGGAUGGGAAGACCAAGGCGCGGCAAAUUGCACUCUAGCGUGGAUGAUGGAUCAGCUCGCCUCGGUUGGUGUCGAAUUUGACGAAAACAGCAUAGAUCGGUAUUUCAAACAAACUUCUCUAUACUACCAGACACUCGGGGCCAGGGAGCAGAGUGAUCGAGCCAAGGCCGGCUUGAAAUGGGCAGUAGACCCAAUCUAUGACACAAACUCACCUCUGCGUCCUUGGGGUCUGGGACAAAUCUGCAAAAAGGUCAGCCUGCUCUAUUGGUUCUCCGGACAGAUCACAAGGUCACCGGGGUUGUACCAUGAGCAUGACCCCGAGACAGAAGAACGGAAAGCCAGGUUUCUUCAAGAUACCAAUGAGCGCAUCCAUAGCUCAGUGCGCAUUCGGCUCGCCUGCAAGGGCCUUGAUCUUAACGACAAGGCCGUGUGGGCUUGUCCAGCCCUUGGCAAGUGGCGCCUCAAGCAGGGCAAGCCUGACUCAAAUGCUGUAAGCAAACAAACACAGUGGGUUUGGGAGUUUUCUGGUGGCGAGAAGGAGGCAAAUCCUGAUAAGAACCAACGCGUCAUGAGAGAAGAGCCUCUGGGGCCAUACGAACAACGGCUUUUGGAGCUUGCUGCCGGAAAACCCAAUGUUUGGGAAUUCGCCGAGAAGAAUGCUGGAAUUCAAUGA